UACCUGGACUAGUCUAUAGACACAGGUGGCACAGGUGUCUCUGUCACACAGGCGGCAAAUCAGGAAAAGCAAGAAACGGAUGUUUCAACACGGACCUGUAGGAGGAGUAGACUAGACGAGAAAUACUGCAUGAUUCGUUUACUUCCUCGUUUAGUGUGCAAUGCGAUAGUGUCAAAAGUUACGUCUCCAGCUCGUGAACAUUUUCAAGAUUUUAACGGCAACUAAGGGUGCAACUGAAACGCUCAAAAAUCCUGAGAAUGGCUCUCGCAGGUUCGGACUCCAUGGAUGAAGGAAAAGGCGAGACGUUUUUACUUAGAUCCUUAAAAAUAGCUGGUGUGGUGGCACUUUAUUGGUUCAUUUCAAUAACCAUGGUGUUCUUAAAUAACUACUUACUAGACAGUAAAGAUUUGGACGCACCGCUGUUUGUGACAUUUUACCAGUGCCUUGUGACUGUCGGACUGUGCUAUGGCAUGCACUUGCUAUCCCAAUUGUGUCCAGGUGUCAUCGACUUCCCCUCCGUCAAGUUCGAUCUAAAGGUAUCCCGGGAGGUUCUACCCCUGUCCAUCGUGUUCAUUGGAAUGAUAACCUUCAACAACCUGUGCCUAAAGCAUGUAGGGGUGGCCUUCUACACUGUCGGGUCGCUUAGCACGGUCUUCAACGUUCUACUCUCCUACAUGAUCCUCAAGCAGACCACGUCCUUCUACGCCAUCCUGUGUUGUGGAGUCAUUCUAGGUGGAUUCUGGUUGGGUGUGGACCAGGAAGGUGUGGCGGGCUCCCUGUCGUGGACUGGCGUGUUUUUCGGCGUGCUGGCCAGCGCCUGCGUCUCCCUCAACGCCAUCUUCACUAAGCGGGCGAUGCCGGCGGUAGACGGAAACAUCUGGAAGCUCUCCUUCUACAACAACAUCAACGCCUGCAUCCUCUUCGUCCCGCUCAUCCUCGUCUUCGGCGAGGUCGGCCACGUCGCCCAUUUCAGCCGCCUGGGCGACCCCACGUUCUGGGGCAUGAUGACACUGGGCGGCGUGUUCGGUUUCGCCAUCGGCUACGUGACGGGCCUCCAAAUCAAGUUCACGAGUCCGCUGACUCACAACGUGUCGGGGACGGCCAAGGCCUGCGCUCAGACGGUCAUCGCUGUAGUCUAUAACCAGUCCAGUAAAAGUUUCCUGUGGUGGACCAGUAACCUGAUGGUCCUUGGUGGGUCUUCUGCCUACACCUGGGUCAAAGGGAUGGAGAUGAAGAAGGUCCAGAUUCCCCAGGAGGAGGACAAAGAGAAACUGCUGGAGGAGAAGCGCGAUGCGGGGGUGUAGCAGGACUAGGAUGACCUUCCGCCGUGGUGGUGGUGGCCCGCUGGUGACAGAAGACAAUGUAAACACUAAGACCUAACCACAGAGUUGUGUUUCUACAGCGAUGCUAUUUUGGAACAGUUGGGCUGUCAAUCUAAAUGAACGUUACUGUAGUCAGUAGCACAAACAGAGGUGUGGGAAGGAUACAGGGUUGUUUUGUUACUGAAUGGGCCCUUAUUGUUUUAUAAAAUAGUGGUAAUUUCCUUGGAAGGUUAUUUUGUCCAAUCCUUUUAUUUGUUAUUUAUUUAGAUUAUUCAGUGGAUUAUUCAAUAGAUUAUUCAGUGGGUUAUUCAGUUGAUUUAUUCUGUGGGGUAUAACCUAAAUCAUUACUGUCUCUGCUUUCAGAACAGCAGAACCUAUUUUGUUAAUUAUUCACAUGCCAUGUCUGAAGGAUAGUAUCUAAAUAAAGUGGCUUUCCUGUUAGCCUAUAUGUGGCAUCAGGAAUGUGAUGCAACACUGCAAUAUGACACAGCGAAAGACAGUUUUAUGACAAGUGGGGCUCUUAUGUUGGUUAUACAGUUUGCAUAUGGACGGUGGAGACUGACUGUAAGGCUUCAAUAGCUCACCUUUGUUAAUAAGUGAUUAAGCCAGUGCUGGUUUGAUGGAACAGCUUUAAGGUGUCAGUCACGUUAUGUCUUUGAAGCAGUGACACUGUGGGUGAUAAGUGAAAACCGUCAAAGGGAUGGCCGGUUCUCUCUCGCUUCAGUAGGAGCACUGCAUUUGGAAUAAUUGACAACAAAAUGAUGAUGUAAUCUGAACUGUUU